CACAGAGCUGGGCUGGAGAGGCAACUCAACAAGAGCCCUGCGAAAACGACUUUUACCCAUCCGCAUCCAACAUCAACGAGGGGCAACCAAACGACGCUAAAACCUGUCAGAUUUCUUACAUAAAUGUUCCUAUGGAUUACUACUACUCUUUUAUCGAAGCAUAGGAGUAUAUUUCACACUGACAGCUUUGAUUCAAGGCACUGGACACCUAGAGGACUUAUAGAGAGAUGAAGACUUUGGAGGAGCCCCCCUACUUAACGGUAGGGACGGACGUGAGCGCCAAGUACCGAGGGGCGUUCUGCGAGGCCAAGAUUAAGACGGCCAAGAGACUGGUCAAGGCCAAGGUGACCUUUAAAGCAGAUCUGUCCACGGCCGAGGUUCAUGAUGACAGCAUCAAAGGGCCGCUAAAGGUGGGAGUUGUUGUGGAGGUGAAGAAUCAGGACGGAGUUUACCAGGAGGCCACGAUCAAUAAGCUGACCGAUGCCAGUAUAUACACCGUGGUGUUUGACGAUGGCGAUGAGAAAACCCUGCGCCGCUCCUCUCUGUGCCUAAAAGGAGCACGCCACUUUGCAGAGAGCGAGACGCUCGAUAGACUGCCUCUCACAAACCCAGAGCACUUCGGCACACCUGUCAUCGGCAAGAAGGGCAACCGCGGACGCCGAUCCAACCCCAUCCAAGAAGAGGAGCUGUCUUCAUCCUCCAGUGAAGAGGAGGACAGCGACCAGAGACCGAAUGAGGAUCUGUUUGGAAAAGUGGUGUGUGUGGAGGGCGUCGUCACGGGAGACAAGAGGAAGACCACGUGGUACCCAGCGCUGGUGAUCUCCCCGGACUGCCACGAUGACGUCACCCUGAAGAAGGACAACGUCUUCGUCCGAUCAUUCAAGGACGGAAAAUUUCACAUGGUGUUAAGAAAAGAUGUGAAAGAGAUCAACCCAGAUUCUCCUCCAAAGGCUGAUGCCACGCUCAAGCCAGCUCUGGACGCGGCCCUGGAGUUCCUGCAGGAGCUGGUGGUGCCGAGCAGCUGGAAAACAGAAGUGAAAGAGGAGAGCUCGAGCAGCGAGGAGGAUGAUGACGAAGAGGAGGAGGAGCAGGAAGAAGACGCCAACGCACAGGAAGAGGAGGAGGAGGUGGAGCCCUAUCCCGAGGAGAGGGACAGUUUUCUGCAGCAGCUUUACAAGUUCAUGGAGGACCGAGGGACCCCCAUUAACAAGCGCCCCGUCCUGGGCUAUAGGAACCUGAACCUGUUUAAGCUCUACAGACUGGUGCAGAAACUGGGUGGCUUUGACAAUAUUGAAAGCGGCGCCGUUUGGAAACAAGUCUAUCAAGAUCUGGGCAUCCCUAUACUCAACUCUGCGGCUGGCUACAAUGUCAAAUGUGCUUACCGCAAGUACUUGUACGGCUUUGAGGAGUACUGUAACUCCACAGCCAUCAGCUUCAGGAUGGACCUCCCGCUGAAACAGGGGCCAAAGACAGAGGGGAGGCCCGAGGGGGAGAAGGGAGCCCCCGUGUCCACUUCAGAGGAGCACAAAACACAGGACGAGCAAGGAACAGCACAGUCCACGGUCUGCAAGGUAGAGAAGCCUGAUGUGCUCAACAAAGUGGAAAGUGAAUCCUCAAAAUCUGAUCAAAAAGAAAACAAUAAUAACGAAGAGGCAGAUACGAAUAAAGGAGACGCAGAAGAGGGCUCCUCGAUGGGACGACUGGGACCCGAAAACCUGAAACGGGAUCCGGACGAGGAGCAGGAAGCCAAAGACAACUCUGGGGAUGACAGCAGUCAGGAGGGGGAGGAGGGGGAGGAGUUUGAGUGUUACCCCCCGGGGAUGAAGGUGCAGGUGAGGUAUGGGCGAGGCCGCUCUCUGAAGACGUACCAGGCCACUGUGAAAGAGGCAGACGUGGAGGGGGGACAGGUGCUCUACCUGGUGCACUACUGUGGCUGGAACAUCAGAUAUGAUGAAUGGGUCAAAGCAGACAAGAUUUUACGGCCAGCGAAUAAGAAUGUAACCAAAAUAAAGCAUCGCAGGAAAAUAAAGAAUAAGGGCGAGAGGGAGCGGGACAGAUUGGAGCGGCUCAAUCAAAGGGAGGGUCUGGGCUUGAGUCGUGGCCCUCGUUCCAAAUGUCUGAGUCAGGACGUCUUCUCCAAAAUGGACGACAGCGAGGACAGAGUGAAUCAGCAGUCUGCAGCCAAGGCCAUAGAAAUCACAUCUAUCCUCAAUGGGCUGCAAGCGUCGGAAAUGUCGACAGAUGAGAGUGAGCGUGAGGAAGAGGAGGCAGGGCGCCCGGAGGAGGAGCGGCCGGGGCGGGGCAGGAAGGGCCAUUCAGAGACCUGUCCCACAGCAGAGCGCUGGGAGGCAGGAGCCCCUCCUGAGGGCGCCAAACCUGCCCCUGCACCAGGGAAGUCCCAGGAUGCUGUGGGGUCAGAGGUCACCGACACUGUGAAGAGAAGGAACCAGAAUGACACUGAGCCAGAAGUGACCGGUAGGAAAAGGAAGUCUGACGGGGUGCUGGAGCGGACCCCCAAAAGUCACACUAAAGCGAAGACCCGCAGCACGAGGAGCGCGGACUGGCUCCCUGGGACAGCCCCCCGUAAACAGGACAGACCGGUUCCAGGAGGGGACAGCAGCAGCUCAGAGGACGAAAACACAGAUGUCCAGCCAGAGAGCAGCGAGCGCGGCCGCCCCAAAACCAAAGGUCCCCCCUCAAAGAAGUACAACGGUAUGAAGGAGAAGAACAAGGCACGCCAGUCUGGGUUCUGGGAGAUCCCAGAGAAGAGGCCCAAGACGUCUCCAAGCUCAGAGGAGCGUCCUGCUGUGCGCUCUAAGGGCCAAAAAGACGUGUGGUCCAGUAUCCAGGCCCAAUGGCCAAAAAAGACUCUGAAAGAGCUGUUUUCUGACUCGGACACAGAGGCAGCCAGCCCCCCUCCGCCCCCCGUCCCGUCCUGCCUGGAUGGGCCCCAGGAUCCUGAGGGUGGACCGGAGGAUGAGGUGUCAGAGGAGCAGAUGGACUUGGACAAACCGGAGUUUCCGAGCAGCGGCAGUAACUCUGUCCUGAACACGCCCCCCUCCACCCCGGGAUCUGCUUCAGGAGGGGGCAGUGCAGUGGAGGAUUCAGGACCCGCUCAACCCCCCUCACCUCGCCCCGUCACUCCCCCCGCCCUGCCCCAGGAGCCAGCCUCUGCUCCACUGCCCCCUGGUGUCCCCGCAGAGGAGGGCCCUGGCCGCAGUGAGUCCGACAGCAGCACUGUGGAAGUGGAGAGUCUGGGCGGAGAGCAGGACCUGCCUCAGGACGAGGGGGCGGGCUCCCCCUCCAAACCUUUUGACCCCAGUCUGUCCUGUAACAGCAGCAGCAGCUGCAGCCUGGAGCUGAGCAGCAGCAGUCAGCAGGAGAGCGAGCAGAAACCCAAAGCACCAGUGAGUCAGAAACGGCAGAAAGACUCUCAGCCCGGAGCCUCAAAGAAACACAAGCCAAACCGAAAGAGCCUCGGCGUGCCUCCCAAAAAGAACAGGAAAACAGCCAAUAGCAGUGACAGUGAAGACCAGUGUGUUAGUGAAGCCAAACCAACCGCCUCCAAAAAUCCCACAUCGGAUGUGAAGGCUGCAGUUUCACCCAAGUGUCCCGGGCGCUCUCCUCCAUCCAGCCAUAAAUACCACAAGCAGGGUGACACUGACCACUCCCACCACCAGAGGGAGCACCAUCACCACGGGAGAUCGCCACGGGUCUACAAGUGGAGCUUCCAGAUGUCUGAUCUGGAGAAGAUGAGCAGUCUGGAGAGGAUUUCAUUUCUUCAGGAGAAGCUGCAGGACAUCAGGAACCACUACCUCUCGCUCAAGUCUGAGGUGGCCUCCAUCGACCGACGAAGGAAACGCAUGAAAAAGAAAGAACGGGAAAGUGCUGUGGCGGCUUGCUCGUCCUCCUCAUCUUCCUCCUCUCCCUCCUCCAGCUCACUCACAGCGGCGGUGAUGCUAACGUUAGCGGACCCGCCCGUCUCCUCCUCAUCCUCUCAAACUUCUGGGGUCUCAGUGGAGUGUAGGUGACAGGACGUCCCACACCGGAGACACUGCACUUAAGCACUUAACCAGCACCCAACAAGACUGACAAGUACAAACUGUAACUACUGGGGCACAAAAACCAGACCAGAGACAAAAAACAACAAACAAGCACUAUUUUCUAUUGACAACUGUUUCUUGGCAAGCUAAUGGCACUUAAGUGCACUUUUAUGAAGAUUGUGUAUGGGAUUCAAUUUGUCAAAAAAAAAAAAACAAUUUGUUUUUUCACUCUCCGUAAUUAAACAUUUAUAAGAAUAGUUUUUUUCAAGCAAUAAUUUGAUUUGAUAAAGUUGUAGAGGUUAGGGAUGUGCUCUGUGUUCACAUGGGGGGCUGGUGCUCUCCUUUUAUUAUUGGCAUCAAGGGCAACCUCAGUGUAACAAAGCCACGUUUCUCUGUCCACUCAUUGGAAAAACCUCUCCUGUGGUUCAACUUUUAAUGGCCAAAGUACAGGACUGUGCUCCUGUAUGCUCCCAUUGAGUCUUAUCAUUGUUUAUGGAUAGGAUUUUAAAUCAUCGCACACCCACAGACAAAACGAAUAUUAGGAAUGAAACUGUAGUGCCUUCUUGUUCUUGUUCAUGGGGCACUUUGAGAAAGGACAGCACUUUCCCAAAUCAUAGGGUUUCCUGGACAAAUGUCUCUUACAAAGACUGAAGAAUGCUGUAUGAAUGAGUCUGACAGGCUAUAUUUAACAAUUCUGAAUUUAAACAAACUGGAUCGUCUGUAAUCGACUACUGAGGACUCAUGACUUGGGUAAAGCUGCAGUACAAAUGUGCAAAGUUCAAUGCAUUGGUCUCAUAACUCCAGGGUUUUUGGUGUGUGGUUGUCGAUGGCACUUAUGUGUAGAUUUUUUUAAAAUGCAGUCUAUCACAUGAGUUUUAUGAAUGGCCAUUUGGUAAGAGCCGCUAGACAACAUCAUGAAUUGUCAGGUAAUUCUGCUAUAGAUACUUAUACAGAUCGUAUAUAUUGUUGGGAUUGGUUGGCAUUUUCUGCACGUUUAUAGUUUGAAGAUUCAGUAACAACCACAUUUCUAUUAACCAUAGCAAAUGUCAUCAAAUCUAUAUCUACUUAUUUCAUCAUGUUUUCAUCUCAAGUCCAAUUGUCUCUUUAUUUUCAAAGAGAAAUUGGUAACAUUUCAACUGGAUCAUUUUACCUUCAAAACACAACAUUAACUCCAUAAAAUAAAAUGCACAGUGUUACCAAAACAACAUUAACUUAAUUUUAAAUCAUUUUAAAUCAUCACUGAUUAAUACCGAACCAGUUUCAGUUUUCCCCCAUAUAUUAUCUUCUCACCACAUUUCCGAUCAGUUCUUUUUUUCAUCAGUCCCUACCAAAAAUCUGGGGUCUCUCUAUGUAUGUGCUAAGACCAGAGUAGAGUUAAUGUAAAAUGUGCAUUUAUAUCAAAAAGUGAUGUAUGUGUGUACAUUUCUGAAGACAUCUCCAGUGUUUCCUAUGUACAGACUCCCUACUGUAUGAUACUGCCCCGAAGUAAUGUUUUUUUGUUCGGCACUUGUAUGUAAUUGUAUGCUUUUGUUAUACAUUUGUAUAUUGAGAAGUGUUUUGAGUCAAGCUAUUUAAUAUCUUGCACUGUUAAUAACAUGUACUUUUCUGUAAAGACAGUUUUACGGUUUUAACUGUAGUUUAAGUGUAAAUACAGAGGGUUACCGCAUGUUUGUCCCGUUUUCUUUAGUUACUUAGUUCAUUUACUUUUCCGCCUUUUCCAUACUUUUGUUCCUUUCAAGUUUAGGUUUUGCAUUUGUUUUGUGUUUUGUUUUCUGCUUGUAAGAAGAAUGUUUUGGUUGGGCUAACCUAUUUUCUGACAUGUACAUGGCCUAAACAGUUGUAUGACGCUGUAAAUGGAGAAUGGUCUGAUGCUAUGUUUAAGUGAAAGUAAAGGAGCUUUUUGGACAAUGCUUAAUAGUAUUUAUUAGGCUCAUCUCAUGAUGGUCAUGUGUAAUUUAUUGUAAAAAUGUAAGCAAAGCAGAAGCUUCUGUUUGAAUAAAAUGCCAUAGUUUGUGAA